AUGGCUGGACGAGCUGUUGCGAAUCGGCCUGCAUCGUCUUUUGAGUUUGAGCUUGUCGAAGGAGACUCUGGUGACAGUAGCACUGUUAUUGCAUCACCUAACCAGAAUACCCUGUGGAUCGACCCAACUACAAUCAAGCUCAGGCACCGAAUUGGAAGAGGGGCUUUUGGUGAUGUUUGGCUGGCGACUCAUCACCGAGUGUCGUCAGAUUAUGAGGAGUACCAUGAAGUUGCCGUUAAAAUGUUGCAUUCGGUAAAGGAAGACAACGUUAGGGAUGUUUUGAAUAGGUUGGACAGUAUAAUUUCCAAGUGCCAGGGGUUGGAAACAGUUUGUUUGCUCCAUGGGCUUUCUGUUAUAAAUAAGAAAAUAUGCAUCAUUAUGAAAUUUUAUGAGGGCUCAGUUGGAGAUAAAAUGGCUCGUCUUAAAGAGGGAAAGCUGACACUAAGUGAUGUUCUAAGGUAUGGGGCUGAUUUGGCUCAGGGAAUAAUGGACCUGCAUGCAAAAGAAAUCCUUAUUCUCAACCUUAAACCUUUUAAUUUCCUUUUGAAUAGCAAUGACCGGGUUAUAGUUGGCGAUAUUGGUAUCCCUUAUGUGCUGCUAGGUAUUUCAUUGCCCAGCCCAGACAUAGCUCGACGGCUUGGUACUCCCAACUAUAUGGCUCCCGAGCAGUGGCAGCCAGAUGUAAGAGGGCCCAUAUCAGUCGAGACCGAUUCAUGGGGAUUUGGUUGCAGCAUUCUAGAAAUGUUAACCGGAAAACAACCUUGGACUGGUAAAUCAAUUGAGGAAAUAUAUAAAUUGGUUGUUACAAAACAACAAAGGCCUCAAAUUCCCACUGGACUUCCUCCUGCUGUUGAGAAUGUCAUUAAUGGCUGUUUUGAGUAUGAUUUCAGGAGUCGCCCUGUCAUGGCAGAUAUUUUGCUUGCUUUUAAGAGUUCGCAGAACGUGGCUAGUCAGGAAGGCGGCUGGACAGGUCUCGGGAGCCGAAUGAUCCGUGAAAAACCAGGCGGCAUCGGCUACACAGAGUGGUUCCUAGCAAAAGAUCACCUCCAAGUUGGCGAUGUGGUCCGGUCCCGAAAGUCACCAAAUUCCCGCAGCCCGAAAAACAUGGAAGUCCCCGAGGGCACUGUAGUCGGGCUCGAACGCGACACGGACCAAGAUGGGUUCAUCCUCGUCAGGGUGCAUGGGGUCCACGACCCCAUCCGGACCCACGUGUCCACGCUCGAGCGGGUCACGUUCGGCCUGGCCGCCGGCGACUGGAUCCGCCUGAAAAGGGAGGACAAACGCCACUCGCCGGUCGGGAUCCUCCACGCUGUGAAUCGAGACGGGAGUGUAACGGCCGCAUUCAUAGGCCUUGAUACGCUGUGGAAAGGUGACUACUCGGAGUUCCAGAUGGCGAAGCCUUAUUGGGCGGGCCAGUUUGUGAGGCUCAAGCCAAGUGUGUUCAGCCCCCGAUUCGAGUGGCCUAGGAAAAGAGGCAGUGACUGGGUGGCUGGGAGAAUUUGUCAGGUGCUGCCCAACGGGUGCCUAGUCGUCAAUUUUCCAGGCAGGCUGAUGAUGGGGCGCGGGAGCUUUUUAGCCGACCCUGCUGAGGUGGAGCUCGUGUCAUUCGAGACAUGUCAGGGAGUGGUGAGGAAGUACGAGCACUUGGAGGAUUUCCACUGGGCCGUGAGGCCACUGCUGAUGGCGCUGGGCCUGUUCACUGCAAUGAAGGUGGGAUUUUUCGUUGGGAGGAGAGUUGGGCCCGGGAGGUCGAGGGCGAAGAAGGGGAAGGGUUCAGUUGGGGGGAAUGAGGAUAAGAGUGCGGAGGCCGAAGGAGGUGGGAAGGGUGGUGGCGCGUGGCGGCCUCCGAAGGUGGCCAAGAUCUUCAGGUGA